UUACUUUUGCUUUCGGUUUAUCGUCGGUCUCAAUCGACUUUGCAAAGUUUCUAGGGGUCAACAACAAUAAUAAUUAUUGUUUUGCACAUCGCUUUGUGGUUUGUAUUUAUUUAGAGGAGGAUGUAUUUAUUUAGAAGAUGCAGUUUAUUCAUUGCCAUUCAGCUACUGAAUACAGUGGAAGCUAACUCAGAUAUUAUAUAUGUGGAAGUAGGUAACACAACUGUCCUCUCACCGGGUCCUGUGAAGGAUUCCAUCAAGACCAUGACAUGGAAACAUGGAUAUGACAUCGCAGUCGAGUUGAUUGAUAACCAAAUUUACCCUUACCGACAGUUUAAAGAUCGCACUCACCUAAAUAUUUCAACUGGAGCGCUGACAAUCACAGGAGUGACUCAAAUGGAAAGUGGCAGCUACACAUCAGAGAUCAACGACAAAGUCACCACCAGGACGACUCAGCUCCUGGUUAUCUCUCCUGUCCCUAAACCCACUGUCUCCACACACUGUGACCAAGAGAUGACCUCCUGUACACUCAUCUGUGAAGGCAUCACCACACACGCUGAACCAAUCACCUAUUCGUGGAAGUCAGGCGAUGUGACACGGAACUCAACCACACAUAAAGAGUAUAUUAUAACAAAGGAGGAGAAGGAGCCUUGGUUCAGCUGUAUGCUGAAAAACCCUGUCAGCUCUAGAAGCAGUGAUCAAGCCCCAAACCCAUUCAAACCCAUCAACUCCAGCAGUCGGAAUUGGAUAUUCAUCUUGCUCCCAAUAGCUGCUUUGAUUCUGUGUAUCGUGUUUGUCAUUUACAGAAUAAGAGGAUCAAGACGAGGCAUGUUCCAUGUACAUUCACAACAGGGAAGAGAUGUUGAAUGGACGUGUGAAGAGAGAGUGACAAUGAUAACAAAUGGCCAAGUAACAGCCAACCAGGACCAACUGGUGGGUGAUCAGGCAGCAGAUCCACAAGAUAACCAGCAAGAUACCAACAAUAUAACAGAGAGGUCAACAACGGUUCCAGCGGUCCAAGACACAUCCAACCAGGACCCAGCAUCUGUUGUGUCCCCAGAAACCAGCAAUGAAACCGAGGUCCAAGAAACAUCUGCCCAGGACCCAACAUCUGUUAUGUCCCCAGAAACCGCUCAGGACACUGAGACAUCAGCGAAGUCAGUGUCAAGUGACCAAGAAACAUCAAACCAGGACCGACUGGUGGAUCCACAAGAUAACCAGCAAACACCAAACCAGCAUCUGACACCUGCUGUGUCUCAAGAUGCCAACAAUGUAACAGAGAGGUCAACAACUGUUCCAGCGGUCCAAGACACAUCCAACCAGGACCCAGCAUCUGUUGUGUCCCAAGAAACCAGCACUGAAACUGAAGUCCAAGAAUCUGCCCAGGACCCAACAUCUGUUACGCCCCCGGACACUGAGACGUCAGCGAUGUCAGUGUCAAGGGACCAAGAAACAUCAAACCAGGACCGACCGGUGGAUGAGCAGACAACAGGGCCACAGGAUGAGGACCAAAGCUGAAGUACUCCCUACAUGAGUACACCAAAGACUCUCAGGGGUUUCAUCACAGCACCAACUGCUGUAGGCAGGUGAACUCCAUGCAAAAGAUGCGACAGGUGCUUCAAGAUGUGCCAAACUAAAAUGAGUAUUUAUCAGCACAGCCUUUGUUACUGUAUUGGCAUGCAUCCUUGUGUUUCAUACUUAGCUCAUGUUCCUACAAGUAGCACAAAGGAAGGAAAUGAUUUUCAAAUGGAAACUGUUGUGGACUGAAUUAGUUUUAGCAAUAUUUGCCAAAUACUCAGAACUUUACAGCAUUUUAAGCUGCUAACAUUCCAAAAGGAAGGAACACUGUUUAAACUGUCUCAAGGGAGGCUGUAUGGGUCAGUGGAAGAGAAUAACUUAAGCUUUUGUUUAUGAAAUCUGCUUUUGAAGUGCAUUAAGUUUUAGAUUGUGUUUUUGAUGUUUUGUUUGUCUUUGCUUUCCUGUACUGCCUGUGCCCGACCAUUCCCUAUCAGUCCACCAGAGGUCAGGUCUUCACUCAGUGUGAACAAUUUCUCACAUCCUGAGGUGAUGCGCUCAUAAAGCUUGUUUUAUAUAUUUAUAUAACUUAUAUGUAAUAGAUAGAAUAAAUAGUUUUUAUUUGAAUUGUUGACCUGUUUCCAACUUCCUGUUUGAAAAGAGGCCAGACUUUGACAAUCACUCAAGCUGUGCCCCAAAUUCACACUACAUACUCAUUCUAAACAGUAUGUACCUUAGAUUUUAUUCAAUUUUGAAUUCUUUGAUUAAUUGUGUAUGUCUGAACCACUUCCACAUCAGCGCUCACAGCUAUAUUUGAAAUAUUAUCUCAUGUUUUUGAGGCUUGAUGACUCGACUGUGGUUUUGGAUUUAGUUACAAGGACAAUAAGAGGCUGUUCAAAUGUAUCUCAGCUUAUAACAUGACAAAAGUGACACCACAGCUACAGAACACGUGUCCCAUGGUUCAUUGUCACAGCAUCACUCAGGAGUCUAUCAUAUAACAAGUUGCUUCUCACUGACAGGAUUCGCCCAUGGCGGCUGUCGUGUGUGUUUGCACUGUGAAAUCAGCUGCUAUGCUUCACGUGCUGUGAGAUGUAAAUUGUGUAUAUAUUGUUUUAUAUAUAUUUGUUUUAUAUAUAUAUAUAAAAUAUAUUUUGGAUUGCUGGCUGAACAGAACAAGUAAUAUGAAGUUGUCACCUUGCACUGGAAAGGUGUGCUUCAUCAUCUCCUGACAUUUCAUAGAUUUAGUAAAUAAUUUAUAUCUUGAUAUCAUCAUUUCAUAGCUGUUUUUUGGCUUCCAGCACCUUCUUGGAAAUUAAAUGAAUGUAUAUGGUUUGGGAGUGGGUGGAUGAGGCAACGCAGGGACUGUUUUCUGCGUAAUAAGGCCUUUUAUUUUGAUACUUUCGGCAAAAACGUCUGAACUUCUAAUAAGAAUAUGAAGACUUCUUCCACCUCUGUCCAGGUAGCUGACUACAGAGUGAUUUAUUAGGAGCAAGCGUGAAAGAGACACACAGCCUCAUAGUCUUCUCCGUGCAGGUUAGCGAGAGGAACAAGCUCAUAUUGUGUGUUCAGAGUAAAAUGACAGACAUUUGCGAGUGUUGCACUCAUUUAGAGGUCACAACAUAAGUGCUACCUUCAGGAUGACUCUUCCUGAGCUUUGACAGCUGAGGGCAUGAGAGAAGAUGGAUGGAAUUUAAAUUUGAAGUGUGUGAAAAAGGAGGAGGAGGAAGGUGGUGGGGUCGUUACAACAACACAUGCCCUGAGAGAGAAUACAGCCGAUGGCGCAGAGAUGACAGAGCAGCGGUGGUGAAAUCACAGUGAAAAGUGGACUUAGCUUUACAUGUGCAGACAGGAUCGACGCUGAAAUGAGCGAGAGAAGUGUCAGAGGGAUUCUUCUAUCCAGUUGUAUGGUUCAGGACUCGGGGAGGACAUGUUCUGACAAACCCUAUCACACUGCACUGACACUAACUUUCCUCCUGCCCACUGAGCGAUGAGCAGCAGCAGCUUCUCGCCUUCACUGAAGGUUGAAAUCCUCAUGAUUAAAGCUCCGACUUUGUCUUGUUUUGAUGCAGAAAGAUUGUGCAGCUUUCAAUAAAAGGGAAAA